AUGAAAGUUCUAAUUUAUUGGCUUCUGCUUACGACUUCGAACCCCUCAUUGACAGCUAAUCAUUUACGUCGGUUUUUCUUGAAUAUUGGACGCACACAGAAUGACUAUACGAAAAUUACGACAAUUGACGACUAUUGGUUAUGGUUAGAGAAUAGUUUCCUCGAAAAUAUUCGAGCUCACAAAUGGUACAACAACAAAACAACUUCGUGUUACUUCAGAAUCAUGCAAAGUCCAUUCAUCUGGGCUAAGAUCGAACCUAACAUCAAUCUUACGGCAAUCGAAUACAGUUUAGCUAUUCGUAACGCAUUUGUGUACACAAAAGGCAAACAGCCUGAUACAUAUUUGUACAUGGGAACACAUGCAACAUAUGGCAGUGGCGGAUAUGUUUAUGAAAUUCGUGGUCGCCUUUCGGACAUUCGAAGUAAUCUUUCUACACUACAUCAUUUGGAAUGGAUUGAUGCGAAAACACGAGCUGUUCUCAUUCAAUCCACUUCGAAGGUUAUUAUCUUUGAUUAUUCGAACUAA